AUGGUGAGGACAUGGAUUGAGCCAGUGGUUGCUGGGGCACAAGUUGCUAGCUCUUUUUAUGAUACGGCAUUACUAUUUGUGGUCAAGAAUUAUUAUAACCGGACUACUACAUCCUCCAACACAUCUCAUUCGAUCACACUACAGAAAGCCAUAUCAAACUUCUAUAUUAUUCACAACCUAAUUUUGGGACUUACCCCAUUGUUAUCAGCAUAUAUCCUAGCAAAGAUUGGUGACAGACAGAGAAGAAAGGUCACAAUAUGUGUUCCAUUGCUUGGGUAUUUUUUAUCCCGGUGUUUUCUGUUGGCUGUCAUCUUUUUAGGCUGGCCAAUAGAAGUGAUGUUCGGCUCUGCUGCUCUGAAUGGUUUAACAGGCUGGUUCACAACCUACUGGGCUGGGGUUAUGGCCUGGGCAGCCCUGGACUCGACUAAACAAAGACGAUCUCUGAAGUUCAUUGUCAUUGAAUUGGUGUAUGGAUUAUCUGGUUGUGUGGGCAGCUUUUCUUCUGGAUACAUCUUUGUAUCAGUUACAAUAGCGCAUGAUCCAGGUGCAACCCUAGUUAUAUGCAGUGUUUCCCUUUAUUUUAUAUGCCUGUUAUACAGUAUAUUUAUUUUAAAAGUGCCUAAUAAUGAAACAGCAGUGCAUGAGAAUUUAGGUAAUGGAACGGAUGCACAAGACGUCAGUAGUGGAAACUUCCCUGAACCAACUGAGCGAUCUAAACUACUGGGUGAAACUAAUGGACCUUCAGUGGGCCUCACUGCUCUGACUCCAUCCAAACUUUUCAUUGCUCUUCUUUUUGCUACUGCCAUAUUGUACAAUAUCUCUGUGGAUGGAGCUAUGGAUGUACUCUCUUUAUUUUUAAUAAAUGAACCUCUAAAGUUUAGUCCUACAUAUAUUGGUUAUGCCAAUGCUGCUGGUUUUAUGAUAUUCAUCACUAGUUUCUUGGGAGUUUUUAUUUUUUCUAGAUGUCUCAAGGAUGUAACUUUAAUUAUAAUGGGAAUAUUGUCCUUCUGCGCUGGUAUAUUCAUUAUGGCAUCUGUACGAUGGACUUUCUUGUAUUUUAUUGCUCGAGCUGUGAUGAUGUUUGCUUUGAUACCAAUGCCAACAAUAAGGUCUGUUUUAUCCAAACAUAUACAAGGAUCAUCCUAUGGUGAGUAUAAUUGUGCUAUUACAUUGCUUACUCAUUUCUGGCUCACUAUCAUGGAAGAGUAG